AGGAGGCAGCAGUGAGUCAUAACACUUAAGAUAACGAGAACAAGGAUGGAUGUGUAGAGGAGCUUUUAUCAGUUUAAAAUAAGGGUUUAAUUUAAAUGAAUGUGAUUAAAAAUGUCUCUUUCUACAGCGCGGUCUUUCUUAUCGGAGGCUGGAUAUGGAGAGCAGGAGCUGGAUGCUAAUUCAGCCCUAAUGGAGCUGGACAAAGGACUGAGAUCCUGUAAACUGGGGGAACAGUGUGAAGCUGUGGUCCUUUUCCCUAAACUUUUCCAGAAAUAUCCGUUCCCUAUCCUCAUCAAUUCUGCCUUUCUCAAACUGGCUGACAUUUUCAGACUGGGGAAUAACUUCUUGCGGCUCUGUGUACUUAAAGUGACCCAGCAAAGUGAAAAGCACUUGGAGAAGAUUCUAAAUGUGGACGAGUUCGUUAAACGUGUCUUUUCGGUCAUCCAUAGCAAUGACCCUGUGGCCAGAGCUAUUACUCUUAGAAUGCUGGGCAGUCUCGCAUCCAUCAUCCCUGAGAGGAAAAAUGCCCAUCACAGUAUCCGCCAGAGUCUGGAUUCUCAUGAUAACGUUGAAGUGGAAGCGGCUAUUUUUGCAGCUGCCAGCUUCUCAUCCCAGUCAAAAGACUUUGCAGCAGGUAUCUGCAACAAGAUCAGUGAGAUGAUUCAAGGUUUGGACACUCCAGUGGAUCUGAAGCUAAAGCUGAUCCCCAUGCUGCAGUACAUGCACCAUGAUGCUGCUCUGGCCUCCAGUAGCCGGGAAUUGCUGCAGGAGCUGGUGUCCUCAUAUCCAUCCACCCCCAUGGUCAUUGUUAGCCUGCACACGUUCACCCAGCUGGCCAUUUCCUCACUCAUCGAAAUCCCCAAACAGAUUCAGUUGCUUCUGCAGUAUCUGAAGGAUGACCCCAGAAAAGCAGUGAAAAGGCUUGCUCUGCAGGACCUAAAACUGCUGGCCAAGAAAGCUCCUCACACAUGGACAAAAAAGAACAUACAGACAAUGUGCGAGUGUGCCCUGAGCACCCCCUAUGACACUCUAAAGCUGGGCAUGGCCUCAGUCCUUUCCACUCUUUCUGGAACCAUCGCCAUAAAACAGUACUUUAGCUCAGCUACAGGUGAAUCCUUGCCAGCCCCUCACCUCACUGACCUGGUUAAACUGGCACAAGAGUGCUGUUAUCAUAGCAACCUGGCAGUGGCAGCCCAUGGGAUCACCGUUCUGGCCAACAUCGCCAUCUCCUGUCCAGAGAAAGAUUUUGUUCAACUGGAGCAGGACACAGUGAUGGGGAUGGAAUCAUUGCUACUUCUGUGCAGUCAGGAUUCCAGCACUACUGCACAGGCCACGCUUAAAACUGCGCUGGCAUCUCUGGUGCGGAUGCUGAAGGCUCGUCCUCACCUCAGUCAGACGUGUGUGGAGUUUUUGUUGGCUCAGCUGCGGUAUGCAUGCGAUGCAGGGCGGAUUCUGAUCUGCCACGCCCUGGCGGCCAUUGCCACGCAGCUACCUGUGCUGGGGGAGAGCAUGCUGGGAGAUCUGGUGGAGCUGUACAGGAGCGCUGGUCACACCAGCUCAGAGAAACAGCAAGAACUACUGGUUUCCAUGGCGACGGUUGUGUUUGUGGCCAGUCAGUCGUCUCUGAGUACGGAGGUGAAGGGUGUAAUCCGGCAGCAGCUGGAGGUCUCUGCGAACGGCUGGACUGUGUACCGCAUUGCCCGGCAGGCAUCGCGCAUGGGCUGUCAUGAACUGUCCAGUGAGCUUUACCAGAGCCUACGGACGCGAGUGGCCUCUGAGCAUUUCUACUUCUGGCUGAACAGUCUGAUGGAGUUCUCUCAGGCUGAGCGGUGUCUGAUUGGUCUGGAGGAUGGAGAUUACAGCGGGGCUAUGGGGGCCAUCACUGAGGCUCUGAAGUCCUACCAGAAAGGAUUCGCUUCACUCACGGCUGCCAGCACCCCACUGAGUCCGCUGGCCUUUCAGUGUGAGUUCAUAAAGCUGCGGAUAGACACACUGCAGGCUUUAGCUCAGCUCAUCUGUACCUGCAACAGCCUGAAGACCAGUCCACCUCCGGCCAUCGCCACCACCAUCGCUCUGACCUCCGGAAAUGAGCUCCAGCGCUGUGGGAGAAUAUCGCUGCAGAUGAAAUUGUCCAUGGAUGAAUUUCGGAGUCUCGCCGGCCGCUAUGCUGACCUGUACCAAUCGUCCUUUGAUGCCGACUCAGCCACACUCCGCAAUAUUGAACUGCAACAGCAGAGCUGCCUGCUGAUUUCCUAUGUGAUAGAGGCUUUAAUACUUGAUCCUCACACAGCCAGUUUCCAGGAUUUUGGCAUGCUGGGUUCGGUUCAGGCAGAGAGCAAGUAUGAGCGCAGGAUGAUGAGUGUGUUUAACCUCGUUCUGGAGGAGGUGGAGUCCCUGAGCAAGAAGCACCCACCAGUUUCUUACCAGCACACUGGAUGUCUGUGUGAUGCCGUCAUCGCUCUACUCAAAGUGCCACUCUCAUUCCAGAGAUAUUUCUUUCAGAAGCUGCAGUCAACUAGUAUCAAACUUGCUCUCUCUCCUUCUCCUCGCACUCCAAAUGAGCCAAUCCCAGUGCAGAACAACCAGCAUCUCACUCUGAAGGUUGAAGGUGUGAUCCAGCAUGGCUCCAAUCCUGGACUCUUCCGGAAGAUUCAGUCUGUCUGCCUUAAUGUGAGCUCCAUCUUGCAGGCCAAAUCUGGACCUGAGUUUAAGGUUCCUCUCGAUACAAAGACCAAUGAGAUUGAGCAGCGGGUGGAGCCUCACAACGACUACUUCAGCACCCAGUUCCUGCUCAACUUCUCUGUCCUGGGCAGCCACAGUGUUACCGUGGAGGCUUCAGUGGUGGACGACAGCGGGGUGGAGUGGAAGACUGGCCCGAAAAGUGUGGUCACCGUGAAGUCUCUGGAGGACCCAUACUCUCAGCAGCUUCGGCACCAGCUACAGCAGCAGCAGGCUGGACCUCAGGCAGCACUCCGUAACAUCUCCAAUCGUUUCCAGUGACUUUAUGCUAACCUCUGUUAGAGUCUGGCAUGAGGACCAAACUCUUAACUAUUAAAGGUUGGAUAAGCUUUACAAAACUCUAGGAAAAGACCACCAUUCAGCCCCAGUGAGAAACUGUACCUCAGUUUAUAUCACAAUAUGAAAGUUUAGUCUGUUAUUAAAUCAAAUUAUAUUUUUAAACGUAUUGAAAGGUCACAUUUUGAAUUUGAUAAGUAUAAGUGUACUCCAGAUACAGUAUUAAAGACCUACAUAAGUUCAACUUAAACACAUUAGGAUGAAUGUCAUGUUUGCCUUUGUUGUGUAAAGCUUGUCCAACUUAGCAACAGUUUGUACAAAAUAAUGUUUAUGGGUGGAUCUUACAUAGGCCAGUUCAGAGCUAUAGAGCCUGGGUGAUGCAUCAGCAGGUUGGGAGUGAGGAAUAUUUACAGGACUAAAGAACUGAAGUGCCAUCAUGACAUUUGGUGCACAAUUCCCUUUACUUUCAGCAGCAGUAAAGAGAUAGUGCUUCAUACUAUAUGGGGAUGUAUGUGUCGAGGUUGUGCUACAUGAAGCUCUAAUGAUGUAAUACAGCGUUUUUCAGUCAUUCAGUUACAUGGUUUUCUUUGUAAGUUUAGACUGUGAGUAAACACGUUUCAUAGACAGGAGAACAUUCCAUCAGAGGAUUUUUUUUUUUUGAUGCUUUUCGAAGUCUCAAUAAAAAGGAAUAAAUCCAUCUGUUAAUAUUA